AUGGAGAUGGAAGCUGAUGAUGAGCAGCAGCAGCAGCAGCAGCAGCAGCAGCAGCAGCAGCAGCAGCAGCAGCAGCAGGAGCAGCAGGAGCGGCAACAGCAGGAGGAGGAGGAGGAGGAGACGGUGGCGGCGAGCACAACAAUGACGAUGGGAGAUGGGGUGACGGAGGAGCGGGAGAAGCCGCGGCAUUGGCCACCCUGGCGUCCCGUGUGGUCGGAGAGCCGGCAGCAUUGGUACUUUUACAACCCCAUUACCGACACUAGCGUUUGGAAGAUCCCUCGCCCGCGAAACCAAGACUCCGCGCUCUUUUCACGUUGGCUGACCCUUGCCUGGCGGACAGUGAUUCACUGGGGCCAGCGCGAAUCCAGCAUCCUGGCCCUCGAGUUUUUGACCUGCUAUCACGAGCUCGCCAACCUUGUCAUUUACACGGGCCGUGGCUCUACCAACACGCUCACCUUUCUCGCCCAAUGCUUCCCCAAACUCAAGUUUGUGGUCUUUGAUCCCGAUGACCUUUUGCACAUCCACGAUGAGCCCACCAUCGAUGUGCGCAAGACCGCGCUAACAGUGGGCCAGACCGCCGAGUUUGCCGAUCAAAACCUGCUCUUCAUCUCCGAGAUCAAACCGGUCAAGCAAAUUCAAAACGAAACGUCACAAGACGAUCUCCUCAAGGAAUAUUUGGAGAACCAGCGCAUGCUGCACGUCCAUCUGCGACCCCGCAAGAGCUUUCUCUCCUUCCGCCUUCCCUGGGAAAAGGGCUCUACCAGCUACUUUGCCGGGCUCGACUAUUGCUACGAUUGUCGUGCCGAGGUGGAAAUUUUGUCCGAUUACCUGCAAAAGGUGUGCGGCAUGGCAGACGAGAAGCGGCGCAACCGAGUCAUUGCCCGCAUGUCGGCCGAUGAGUACGUCGCGGCGAGUGCGCAAAUGGCAGCCGCGCUGGUGGCACGGGAACGCGACGAUCGUGCCGAGAAUCGGCAAAGGGAGGGCUAUGAUGGGGUUUUACACACACCCUUGAUCCUUCUUUUCGAAUGCUCGAUCCAUAGACGUUAUUGUCAUCCCUCUCGAGCACCUGCCACCAUGUCUGCCCCCGAAGAGAAGCGUGCCAAGGUCGAGCCCGGCAGCAAGGGCACCGUCGUCCUUGCCUACAGCGGUGGUCUUGAUACCUCGUGCAUUCUCUGCUGGUUCAUCGAGCAGGGCUAUGAAGUCAUCGCCUACAUGGCUGAUAUCGGUCAAGCCGAGGACUUUGAGGCUGCCCGCGCCAAGGCCACCAAGCUCGGGGCCAAGAAGGUCUUCAUCGAGGACCUGAAGAAGGAGUUUGUGACCGAGUUUAUCUGGCCUACCGUCCAGGCCAACAGCAUCUACGAGGACCGCUACCUCAUGGGCACCGCCAUUGCCCGCCCCUGCAUUGCUCGUCGUCAGAUUGAGAUUGCCAUCCAGGAGGGCGCUCAGUUCGUCUCCCAUGGCGCCACCGGCAAGGGCAACGAUCAGAUCCGCUUUGAGCUGACCUUUUACGCCAUGCAGCCGUCCAUCCAGGUCAUCUCGGUCUGGCGUGACGAGAGCUUCUACAAGCGCUUCCAGGGCCGUAAGGACCUCUUCGAGUAUGCCAAGGCUCACGACAUUCCCCUUCCCGUCACUCCCAAGAGCCCCUGGUCCAUGGAUGCCAACCUCAUGCACGUCAGCUACGAGUCUGGUGUGCUUGAAGAUCCCGCCGCUCACGCCCCCGAGGCUGACCUUUACACCAUGACCAAGGACCCGGCAAAGGCCCCCGAUGCCCCUGCCAACAUCGUCAUCGAGUUCAAGGCCGGUGUUCCCGUCAAGGUGACCAACAAGGACAAUGGUGUGGUCAAGACGGAUCCCCUGGACAUGUACCUUUACCUCAACGAGAUUGGUGGCGAGCACGGCAUUGGCCGCAUCGACAUUGUUGAGAACCGCUUCAUCGGCAUGAAGAGCCGCGGUGUGUACGAGACCCCGGCCGGCACCAUCCUCCGUGCUGCCCACAUCGACAUUGAGUCUUUGACCAUGGAUCGUGAGGUCCGCAAGAUUCGCGACCUGCUCUCAGUCAAGUUCACCGAGCACAUCUACCACGGCUUCUGGUUCAGCCCCGAGUGCAACUUUGUCCGCAAGGCCAUCGCCGAUAGCCAAAAGGACGUGGAGGGUGUCGUCGAGAUGCGUCUCUUCAAGGGUCACACGUACAUCCUGGGCCGUUCUUCAGACAAGUCCCUGUACGAUCAGAACCUCGUCUCAAUGGACGUGGAGGGUGAGUACGACCCCAAGACGGCCGAGGGCUUCAUCAAGGUCAACGCCCUGCGCCUGCGCGAAAUGGCCCGCCUGCGUGGCGCCCCCAAGCGCGACUAG